AUCACCGCUGCUACAGAUGCUGCUGCUGCUGCCGCUGCCCCUGCUGGUGGUAGUGGUGCUGCUGCUGCCACUGAUGAUGAUGAUGAUGAUGAUGAUGAUGAUGAUGAUGAUGAUGAUGAUGAUGAUGAUGAUGAUGAUGAUGAUGAUGAUGAUGAUGAUGAUGAUGAUGAUGAUGAUGAUGAUGAUGAUGAUGAUGAUGAUGAUGAUGAUGAUGAUGAUGAUGAUGAUGAUGAUGAUGAUGAUGAUGAUGAUGAUGGUGGUGGUGGUGGUGCAUCCCCCUCACCCUCCCCUUCCCUGAUUGCUCUGCUCAGGUCACCGG